CUUUGCUUCUCACUGACUGUUGCGGACAGUCAUUUCUUGGGGAAAGAAGAAUGAGUACUUGUCCCAUUCUCUAGGCGCUUGCCUGUAGUCACCGUUUUAGGAAGGAAAUGUAACUCAGAAUUUGGAUGCAGAAAGACCGUAUCUCUCUGGAGGUUCUGGGAAAUUCAAGGGAGGAAUUGGUGAGGAGAUGGAAGAGGGUGCAAAAAGACUUGAGGCUGUGGCUACUGCUAGGGUAACCCAAAAGAUGGUGGUGCUAUCGAAAGAAUAUGGGUGCGUGGUGCUGACCGGUGCGGCCAGCUUUGCCAUGGUCUCCUUCCUCGCUUAUAAAGUCGCAGCUGCUCGUAAGAAGUACAACGUGGAAUACCCUAUAAUGUACAGUGAUAAUUCAGAGGAUGGACACAUGUUCAACUGUAUUCAACGUGCUCACCAAAAUACAUUAGAGACUUAUCCACCAUUCCUCUUCUUUUUGGCAACUGGUGGAAUUCGGUACCCACACCUAGCUAGUGCACUUGGAGGAAUUUGGAUAAUUGGAAGAGUUUUUUAUGCAUAUGGCUAUUACACUGGGGAUCCUAGCAAGAGAAUUCGUGGUGGAUUUAGUUCGGUGGCUCUCCUGGGACUGAUGGGGGUUUCGAUAUCAUUUGGGUUUCGUCAGCUGGGAUUUCGUCACCCACACUAGGAUUUGUGGCAGAUAUUAAUCCUGAAUAAACCCGUGAAAGGUGAAUACUUGAUUUGCAGAACGUAUAGUUCCAACUAUAUUAACUCUUCACAGCAAUCCACUUGCUUCUAAUGUUUGUAUAUUGAACCUUUUAUAAAGAGCGAAUGAAGUUAC